GCGACUAACUCGAUUAGGCGGUGACUUUAACUGUGAUAUUACUCUGUGACAGUGACAACUUUUUCCCAAUGCACAUAAUUGGGUUACUGGUGUGCGCGGGCAUGCUCCAGUUGCUGCUGCUCGGCGGCAGUCACUGCGCUGCGUUCUACACAGAAAAGCCCUCGUACAUCGAGUCGUGUCGCAUCUAUGAGCCCGCGUUCACCAACUGCUCAACCCGUUCGAUUCAGCGAUUCAUGAAUCAGGUAAUCAAAGGCAUACCCGAGAUUGAAGAAUCCUUUGGACCCAUUGAUCCCAUGAAGCAGGAUCAGCUGGUUUUUCAGCAGGACAAUAGCGAUGUGGCCACCAUUUCAGCUAAUCUUACGGAUAUGCUGAUACGCGGCUUUGGCAAAAUGGUGAUCAAGGAGAGCAGGGUCAGCAAAACGGACUUUAGCUGGCUGACAAAAAUCUACUUGCCAACAAUGCGCUUGGACUGCAAAUACCAAAUGAUUGGACGCAUUCUGCUGGUGCCCCUGCGCGGUGGUGGCGACAUGUUCCUAGAAAUUGAUGACCUCAACAUAUUGAUGAGCACCAAGACAUCUCUGUACGAAAAAGGCGGCUACACUUUCUACAACAUAACAUCAACGCGUGUGAAGCUGGAUGUGGGCAAGGUGAAGACCCACAUGGAAGACCUCUUCAAUGGCCACAGCAAGGAGGUGGAACGCGGCGCCAAUCAGUUCUUCAACGACAAUUGGCGGGAUCUGUUUGAGGCACUGCGUCCCCUGGUGGACGAGACUGUGGAGCGGACGAUGCUGAAGCUGCUGCAGAAUAUGUUCAGUCUGAUACCCGCCAACUUCUUCGUCGAGGACAUACCCAACUCGCUUAACCUUUAUGGCAGAAAGACACAGUUGAUCGCGUAGGAAGAGUAUUUGUUUUAAUGUACAUCCUGCCGUGGAUGGAGUGUUACGUCUAAUUGUUAGUGUAAGAUAAUAAAUGCUAAACUUAAAUGGUAA